CAAAUUUCGACCACGAAAAAUUGAUUUUUUUUUAUUUUCAUUUUCUUCAAAUGAAAAUGAAUUAUCACUUGAAUGAUAUGAAUAAAGGUGUCGAUUCGAAACCACAUCGGUUCCGAAGCAUUCAAUUAGUCAUGUUCACUUUUCAGGAAGCAUAGGAUUUCUUGUGCAGCCACUUGGAAGCAUGUUAUCUGCAGCAAUAACAGACCCACUUGGUCGAAAAAGAGCGAUGAUACUCGUGAAUAUUCCAUCUGCAAUCGGUUGGUUCUUGAUGUAUCGUUCAAAACUGGUUUGGCAUGUAUUUGUCGGGAUGGGAUUGCAAGGUUUUUCGAUUGGUUUGAUGGAAGCUCCGAUUUUAAUCUAUUUAGGAGAGAUUUGCGAAGCAUCAAGGAGAUCUGUACUUCUUGGAUACACUUUAAUUUGCUAUACAAUGGGAAUGUGCACCAUAUUCAUAAUGAAUACGUUGAUGGCAUGGAGAGUAGCGUCAUUGAUUUGUUUAUUUUUGCCAUUUUUGACGAUGAUUGCGCUUUGUUUUAUUCCCGAAACAAUGCAAUGGCUCCUAGAAUCGAACUGCUGACGCUGAAAAGUCAAUUCGCUGGCUACGUGGCUGGGUGUCAAGUGAAGCAGUGGCCAAAGAAUUCGAUGACUUGAAGCGGCAUAGUGAACGUUCAAAAUCGUGUAAUACAUGCAUCAAACAAAAUAAAAAAUGCCCACAUCCACCGCCGACCAUAUGUGAUAAUUUUGCUGAAUUGAAACGAAGUCGCACACUUAAGCCCUUUGCAAUAAUCAUAAUUUUAUUCAUCCUGUCACACAUGACCGGCAUUUUAACAAUAAGACCGUUUAUGGUGCAAAUAUUCAAAGCAUACACUGACAAAACUAAGGUUAUGAUUUUGACAACACCGUGUUGUAAAUGCUUACAUUCCAACGAAUGUUGUGAAGUAGCCAACAAUUGUUGUCAUUGUGAA